AUGUUAUUUCCCUCUUUCCAAUACUAUUGGGCUCUUUCAUCAACGCUAUCUCUUUCAGCAAAACUUGAGCAGCUUCCACGAGUUGCGGCCGAGCACACUUACGUGAAGAGCAAGUCAGAGUGUCUUCCAAGUACACGAGUUCAAAUACAAACAUCCCUUGUCAAUCAUCUGAAGCGAGCCGGAAACCGAUUUGUCUGGCUCCGUGGGUCUCCGGGCACCGGGAAGACGGCGGUAUCUAUGAGCGUCGCAUCGAUGCUUGAGAAGGAAGGUACUCUUGCAGCCUCUUUCUUUUGGGAUAAAAAUCAAAAGGGAACGGGCCUCGAUUCUUUGGAGAAGUUUCCUUCUACACUGGCACGUCAACUUGGGAUCUUUAAUGGGGACUUCAAGGUUUCGCUCGUCAAAUGCCUUCGACAGCCGAAUUCGGAGCUGGUUCUGAGUCUCCCUCUGGAGGACCAAAUGAGGACUUUGAUUCUUGAGCCGAUGAAUGGUCUC